AUGAUCGCCGGGAGGGUAGCCGGGAGCUGCGCGCGGCCCGUCGCGAGCCGCACUGCGCUCCGGCAGGCCGCGCGCCCGGGGCGGCCCGCGCGUCCCGGACUCCAGCGAUGCGCCGCGACGCUGUCUGAUCCCCUCGACAACACCGCAGACGGCAACGCCGCGCCCGCCGCGGACGGCCCGGCCGUCGACGUGGUCCUCAGCAGCGGCUGGAUGGCCUUUGCGCGCCACGCGGGCUUCCUCCAGGCCGUCGAGGACACCGGGCUGCGCAUCAACAGCCUCUGCGGCACCUCGGCGGGCGCCAUGACCGGCGCCCUUUACGCGGCCGGCUACAGCCCGCGGCGCGUCGCGGAGGAGCUCAUGCGCGUGCCGCCCAUCAAGCUCCUCAAGCCGGGCCUGCCGGACGUCUGGAACGGCGCCUUCAUCAUGGAACCGGCGAUCGAGCGGCUCCGGGAACUGUUGCCAGCAACGUUCGAAGAACUUGACAUGCCGCUGGUGAUCGGUGUGGUGGACAGCGACGGAAAGCACCGGCUCGUGUCGUCCGGGUCGCUGCCCGAGGUCGUGGCCGCGUCGGCGUGCGUGCCGAAGGUGUUCCAGCCCGUGCACGUCCCGGGCCUGCCGAACGGGCCCUUCGUGGACGGCGGCGCCGUCGACCGCGUGGCGCUGCGGCCGUGGCGCGAGCUGCGCGCGUCGACCAGCAGCGACGACGAGCCGGAGCUGCCGGUGCUCGUCCACGUCAUCACGCGCAGCUCGCCGUACAGCGGCGUCGACGACAUCUCGGAGGAACCUGCGCUGGCGGUGGUCCGGUCCCCGAAGAGCGGGUUCAACCUGUGGGACGGCGCGAGCGACGUGUACUGGGGGCAGAUGGAGGACUCGUACCGCCGGGCGCGGGAGGAGGUGGCCAUAGCGGCGAAGGACCUGCUGGCGGGGGGGGAGUCUAGCUCUCAUGACUGA